AUGACGUGUUCAAUAUAUGGCCACAAUGACGAAGUUCUGGCAGAUGAUGGAACUGAAGCAAGUGAUAGCACCGACAACAUACCUGUAAUGACAGUACCUCCAGAGGAAGCUAUUCAAAUGGAGAAAUGUAUUGUUUUUACUGAUACUCUCAUGUCAUUGCUGAAGGAAUUGCAUGGGAGAAUCUGUAAACGACCUGGCUGUGAUCGUGUCCUGGAUUAUCGCAAGACCUAUGUUGGUACAUGCCUUGUUGUUUCCUGGGGAUGCAGUGCUGGUCAUAAAGGAAGCAGAUGGGCAGCUCAACCCAGUUGUGAUAAGAUAAGAGCUGGGAAUCUCAUGCUUGCUUCUGCUUUGUUGUUGUCUGGAAACUCGUAUACUAAAGUGGGGUUAAUGUUCAGAUUCUGUAACUUGCAGUAUUUUUCUAAAACACUGUUUACUCAGUACCAGAGUCUGUACAUUUCCCCUGCUGUGAAUGAGUUCUGGGAACAACACAAGCAGGAGCUUUGGGAGGAAAAGGCUGGGAAAGAUGUUGUGCUAAGCGGUGAUGGAAGGAAUGAUUCUCCUGGGCAUUCAGCACAAUACUGCACAUACAGUCUAGCUGACAUGGAAGAUCAUGCCAUAUUGCAAAUGAACAUCAUGGAUGUUAGGGAAGCUGCUGGAAAGAGCAACAAUAUGGAACGGAUUGGUUUCGAGAGAGGGAUGGAUAAGCUGCUUACAUCACAGAUGUCAGUAAAGGAAGUUGUAACUGAUGGUCACUUAGAAAUUGCAGCACUUAUGAGUAAGUACCUAUGCAUAAGACUGUUUAACCCAUUGAGCUACAAUGUGCCUGCGCCCUACUUAUUUUUUUUACUUGUCUAACACCAGACGAUUUUACUCAUCAAUGGAGAAGCUCUGUAGCUUAAUGAGUUAAAUAAAAUAUUUCCCCAGCUGUGAGAUGUACCCAGCCCUAUAUACAUAUAGCAAUAAAGAACAAUAUGCCCAGCCAAUUUGAAAAAAAAAAUGAGAUGAAAUUAUUUCUAGUAACUAUUAACUACUGUACUUCAUGUGUGUUCAUUUCUUAGAAAAAGCAGACAAGUAUAAAGAUGUGAAACAUCAAAAUGAUGUGUGGCAUGGAGGAAAGUCACUAGCAAAGAAGAUCAAUACAGUACGUUUGUGUACAGUAUAAAUGUAAAAAUUGAUCACAAUAUUUGAAAUUUGAACAUCAUAGGAAGUUUCCUACCAAAUUAGUGCAAGUUGGUGCUGAUAAGGUUGUCGCAAGGUUUGCGAGUCACUACAUAAAAAACAUGUUUGGAAUGAAUAUUUUGAUUAGCUAUCAUCAGCAUGACUGAUCAAAUAAAUUGUUCACAAAUAUGUGUGUGUGGGUGACAGAAUUUCAGAAACAAGAUUCAGAAACUUCGUCCCAAAGCUUUGCAGCAAAGUUUAGAAUUAUCAAACAAAAUUCAGAAAUUUUGUACCGGUAUGUCAUGUUUUGCGAAUCAUAUAAAGUACAGUAAUAUACAUUGUAUAUUCAUCAUUAGGCAUCCAAAACCAAAGCAAAUGAAGACCUGGCAUUGUGGGCACCAUCUGUCCGAAACCAUUUUUGGUAUUGCUCAAAACACUGUGAUAAAGAUGUCAAGAAUAUAAAGGUAAGGGUGAAAAAUCAGUAUUUAGCAACAUAAACAUGUUGCUAAAUAUUUACAGUAUAAAUCACUAUUGUUUUAGAACAAAUUCAGGGAUUACAUUAUCUAUUGGAUUUAGAUACUAGAGAUUUUAUACCAUGCAGAAUAAAUUAUAACAUAGAGUUUUUCAUUAUCUACAUUAUGUCUCUUCUGUAUCUGUAUUUCCAUUUUUUUUUUCAUUUUUGCAAAGUGUGAAAAUUAUCUAGUAUCCAUUGGAUUAGAGAUUUUUGGCCUUUUUACCAUAGCCCUAUGUCCAUCAGUAUUUUGUAACUUGUAACAAAUAUGUAUGUUCCUACUUAUAGGAUAAGUGGAUCAGUAUAUUGCAUCACGUUGUAAAUGAACAUGAGUGGAUUGUGGAAGAAGGAAAUAAUGGUGCAAAAUGCGAUCAUGAUCAACUGAGUGACGAUGAUAGAAACAAGCCUUGGUUGAAGAAAGGGUCUCCGGCGCACAAAUCUUUGACAAAGAUUGUCUUAGACAAACGAUUCCUGAAUACUUUGGGAUAUUACACACACUUCAGGUAUACACUGAUGUAAAUAUUUUAUGUGAAACUAUGGUAGUAGAUACAGUUAUAGUACUGUAGUAUGCAAUACCACAAUGAUUAUGAACACAUAUUUCUCAUACUCGUUCAUCUACAGGCACACAGGUUUCUUGGAGUCAUUCCAUAAUCAUAUCUUGAUGUAUGCUCCCAAGCGUCAAUCUUAUACGUAUGUAUUAUGAUCUUGUCUAAGCGAGAUCUCGUUAUGCAGUUAUUUUUAUAGUUACAAUUACUGUGCGUUUAAUGGGACAGGCAGGCUGGCCCAGUUGUCGAGAUCUCACUUGAAACAGGUGAGAUCCCGCUUACCAGGAAGCAAAUGUCUCCAUGUCAACACUCAAGCAGGCUGGCCUGGUUGACAAGAUGAAGUUCAAAGAUGACGCCGCAAGCUAUCUUAAACUGUCAAAAACAAUGUGAGAACAGCUAAAUUGUCUCGGCAAGCGGGAUGGAAUUUGCUCAUAUAAACACAUGAGAAAUCCAUACCGCUUACUGGGCUAUCUCAGUAAGCAGGCCAGCCAGGAUUAUGGAUAUAAACAGCCCUUAGUAAUACUGUAACACAGAGAAAUGGGCAGUUAUAAUCAUAGUGUAUUUAUAGAUGUCAUUAAUUUUGAUCUGUAGGUUUGUUGGGUAUCGAGUCCGAAACCAGUUGGCAGCACUAGAUUGGAAUCACCACAGGGAAAGAGACAUAGCAACCACAGCAGAUGGUCAACCAAGGUAUUCCGUAUAGUGUAAAGUACAUGUACCAUACUACCUUGUAUCACGUUUGUAGAAUAUUAACCCAUUGAGUUGCAUAGCACCUUACUUUAUUUUAUCUGGCGUUUUCUGCUCAAGUUUUUCUAUUUCGGCCAAAACAAUGAGCAAAUUGCAGAUUGUGGUACUGUUAAUUUUAAGCCUUAAUAUAUGGUGGUCAAGCAAUUAAAACUAUAUUCUAUUAGGAUGGAACGCAAGUUCAGCAAGAGAACAAAACAGUGGUGUGCAGUAAAAGUGUUGCAGCCAAAACAAUAUAUGUACAUUCCCGAUCUUCUGCUGAAGAUAUUUGA